AUGGAUGGCCGGUGGGUGUUCCGGGUAUGGCACGCCCAGAAUCGACCGGCCGGAGCUCCAGUCGUGCGAUCGGCCGCCCUGGAUUCGAGCGGGUCUCGGGUCUGCCUGGGCCUGGAAGACGGCUCCCUGGAAGAGCACAGGGCGAUAGUGGGGCUGCACUACCUCUCCUCCGUCUCGAGGCUGGUGGCACUGCAGGAGGGAGGCUCCCUCACCCUGCUCGACGCCGGGAGCCUCCGCUCCCAACCCCUGCCACUCAAGGGAAUUGCGCUGGCCACCUGCGCCAACGAGGAGCCGGGCCGCGCGCCUCGCCUGGCAGUCUUCCACAGGCCUCGUGGGGCACGCUCCUGCAGGCUCACCGUCCUGCUCCUCUUCCCGGCCGAGAGCGGCAAGCUGGGCCAGGUGGCGGCCGAGAUGGAGCUGCCUGGCAUCGCCUCCCCGACCUGCCCGGCCUGGGUGGGCGCGCAGCUGGUGUGCGCCGCCGGGAUGCGCUACUGCUUCGCAGCCCCUCUGGCGGGGGGGUCCCUGCGCCAGCUUUUCGACGUGCCGCCGGAGCUGGCAUACGUGCCGCCUCGAGCGGUGGGGCUGCCCUCCCUGGCCCAAGCCGUAGUAUUACUGGGCGAGACGGGCAUCCGCAUCAACCCUGCAGGGCACCCUGUGGGCGACGCGUUGAGCCUGGAGGGCUACGGCGCGCUGCGCGCGCUGAGUGGCGUGGGGCGGCACCUGCUGGUCUGGACCCCGGAGCGCCUGUGCGUGCUGGAGGCCGACACCGGCGCCUGCCCCGUCCCCGCCUGGGACCAGGUGCGGGAUGCGCUGGCCCACGGCGAGGCGGAAGCCGCGCUGCGCCUGUCGAGCCGGGGCGAGGCGCGGGGCGAGGCCUGGGCCCAGGCCGGCCUGGCCUUGGUCGGCCUGGCCCUGCUCAGAGGGGCCCGAUUCACCGAGGGCCUCGCAGUGCUGGAUCGGGUGGCGUGCCACGCAUUCCAGCCCGCCCAGCUGCUCAGGCUGUGGCCGCAGCGCAUGGCCAGCUGGCUGCCCUUGCUGGAAGCCCUGGACCGCGCGACCAGGCAUGGAGACCCCGGGGAUGUCAUGGGGGCCGAUCCCCCAGAUGCGGGCCUGCCCUCCCCCUUUGCUGCGACCGGCGGCGGCUGGCAGGGUCUGCCGGUGCUGGAGGAUGGUAGAGAUGCCAAGCGGGCAAGGCGCGGAGUGGAGCAGGAGCAGCUCCGCGAGGCCGUGGAAGCCUUCGUCCCCUACUUCUUUCGGGCGCGGGAGAUGGAGGGCGCCCAGGCCAAAGACGGCAUUGACACCCUGAUCCUGCACCUGCUCAUGGAUCUGGGCGCGGAGGACGAGGCCGCCGCCUUCGCCGCCGUGCCCAACGCGGCCGCGCUGCCCGAGGCGGCAGCCCUGGCCGCGCUGCCCUGGGUCCUGGCGCGGGGCUGGGAGCCGGGGCUGCGGCUGCUGACGCGGCGGGCGCUGCCCGUGGACCUCGUGCUGGGCGCGCUGCCGGAGGGCGGGCGGGUGCGCUGGCGCUUCCUGCGCCACCUGGUGCACUGCGGGGGCGAGGCGGCAGGUGAGGAAAGCGUCCACACCGCGCUCGCCCUGGAGCUGCUGGGCCUGCUGCGGCGGGGCGGGCGGGAGGGUGGAGAGGGCGGGCACCGUGUGGUGUUAGCAGGAGCGGUGGCUGACGGCCAGGAGAUCGAGGAGGGCAGCGUCGCGGGAAAGGAAGGGACAGAGCUGGGAGAGCCCGACGAGGCGGAGCUGGAGGAGGUGGCCGCCGCGCUGAGUCAACACCUGGGCCAGUCCACGCUGUGCGACCCGCGGCGCGUGCUGCAUGCCCUGCAGGGCCUCGGGCUGGACCGGGAGGAGGUGGCCAUGCACCGCCUGGCCGGAAACCACAUGGAGGCGCUGCGCCUUCUGUGCGUCCGGCUGCGCGAUGUGCCCGCCGCGGCGGCCUACGCGCGGCGCCACCUCCCGCGCGACCUUCACCCCGACCUGCUGGGCGUGGUCCUGGCCGGCGGCGCGCCCACGCGCCACCGCGACGCGGCGCGCCUCGUGGCCGCGCUGGGCCUAGACCCGCUGGGCCUGGUGGCCGCGCUGCCGGGCGACGCCGCGCUGUGCACGCUGGGCGACCUACUGGCCGGGCUGGUCGCGGAGCGGCGUCACCGCGCGCGCGCCGCCGGCCUGCGCCGCGCCGCGCUACAGGCCAGGCUCACCGCCGCGCGGUCCCGCCUGGCGGCGCUGGAGGGCGGCAGGGUGGUGGUCACGGAGGGCACGGUCUGCGCGCGCAGCGGCGCCCGCAUCGGGACACGGGUCUUCACCGUGCGAGCCGAGCCGCCGGAGGGCGGGCCGGGGCUGCGGCCCGUCAGCCUGAACCACGCCGAUUAG